GUCUGAUUGAAUUUUCUGUACUCCGUAAGCUGCAAGCUGAACUCGGCGAGUAACGAAGUAUACACAUGAGAGAGGAUUAAACAAGCAAUUUUCGAGGCAUCUAACGACACACAAACAGACGGACGUCCGAGGAGUUCGGGAGUAGGCUGCAGCCACUUGAUUGUCGAUUUUCCCACUCGCCAGCCGUUUUGUACGCACACUGGUGUCUUGCUUGUCCCGGCUCGCUCCCAGCUGUACGGAACAACGUUACUUGCUUGCUUGUUAUUGCUUGCUUGACAUGUCCAGGCGCUUCUGGUCUUCAAGAUCACCGGCCUGGCGCAUCACUAUCACCCUCACCAGAUCCCCCCGGGCUCACUUGCCCCAGUGGAGGUUACUCAGCACCCAGUCCUCAGUCGAACACGUCCGCGUGCGGUGUGCAUCGUCCGGCGAGAUCACCGUGAGCCUCCACAACAUCUCCAAACACGACACCAGCACCCCCCUAGUCGUCUUCAUCCCUCCCUUCUCCCAGGCAGGUCCAGACUACGCCAUCACCCCGCUGCCGUCAUGCUUCCACGACUAUCCAGUCGCCGUCAUCAACUACAGGUGGCAGGCUCCCGAGGGAGAUGGAGAUGACCGGCCCGCGAUCCCUCUCCAGUGGCCCACCCCUCUCCACGACGUCAACUUCGGCUACUCCUGGAUCACGGCCAAUCUCGGGUCCGCCGGCAACGGCGCUGCAGGCCCCCGUCCCGCCUACGUCUACGGCUCCUACCUCGGCGCCAGUCUCGCCGCCGGCCUGGCCCUCACAGAGUCCCACGUCCCGGCCCGCCCCCGCCCCAUGACCGUGCGCGGCCUGAUCGCCCACAACGGCAUCUACAACUGGACCACCUUCCUCCCGGACCACCCGAUCCACAGGCUCAGAACCAAGUCUAGAUCCAGGGGGCGCAAACAUGGGUUGUUGAUUCCCUCCGCCAGCAUCGACGACCGCCCCGUCGAGGAGGGUGGCAUCUUCACCGAGCUGAAGCGCCAAACACCGGGCCUCUUCGCCAAUCCAUCCAACCUGUUCGACCCCUUCGCCUCGGCCUGCCUCUUCUUCCAUUCCGCCAACCUGCACGUCCCAGAGGACUUCACCACCCCGCUCUCCGCCUCGGCCCCCUUGCUGAAUCCUGACCUCACCGCCGCGAUUGACGCCCUCGCCAACGGGAGACCCCCUUUCCCAAGCCCGACCAGUUCCCCAUCCACCGCCUCCACCACCUCAGAAGAAGAAGCAGCAGCAGCAGCAGAAACAGAAGAAGAAGAAGAAGAAGAAACCGCCUCCACCCUCCUCUCAAAAGCCGCCCUGCUCGCAAAGCAGCUCAAGCCCCCGCGCAAGGGCUACCUCAUCUUCCCGCCGCGUGACUCCACCCUGCGCCUGCCUCACGCUCUCUUCCUCUACGACCAACCUUCCCCAUCCACGACGACGACGACAACAACGGGACCAGCGCCAACUCCUCCCCGAACCCGGCGCAGGGCCGGGGCCGGGGUUGCGAACCGCGCCCCGCGCAACAGCUUCCGCGCACAGGCGGCCGACCUCGCCGGGCUGAUGCUGCGCAGCCUGGACAUGCACGAGCUGCGGGCGCGGCGGGCCGCGCCGUGGGAGUGGGAGGGCGAGGCUGGCGGGGCGGACUGUGCUGACUGGGCUGGGGCUGACCUGGGCGGGGGCGGGGCCGGGGACGAGGAGGAUGCGCGGCGGCGGGCGAUGGAGAGGCGGGUGCAGAGUUUUGAGAUAGCCUCCGCUGCCGCCGGCGGUGGUGGUGGUGGUGGUGGGGAGGGGAGUUUGGGAGGGCUGGGGAGGGAUGGGGAGGAGGUGGUGGCUGAGUGGUUGAGGGAGAGGAUCGAUGAGGAUUUUGGGGAGGAGGUGAUGGGGGUUGAUGGGUGAGGUAGAGAGAUAGACAAAACGAGGGUGAAAGUGUUGGGAAGAUCAGAAGUCGUGAGUGUAUUGUUGUAAGAUAGGGCAAAACAGCCCGGAUACCCAGUUGAAGUUGCAGUCAGUCACGAGAAGGGACUUGUCAACCACCAAUGUCACGUCACAAUAAAUGCGGAUAUUCUAAUAAGAGCCAGCGUGUAACCAUUGCAUCCUUGCAUCAUAGCUACCAGGUGAUAUGAACCUUUCUCUGGCUACUAAUAGAUGGGCUCAAAAUCCCCCCGCCCCAAGCGCCAGCCUUUCCCAGUCCCCGAACG